AUGCACUGGACCUCUGCCCAGAACUCCUUCAAGGGCAUUUCUGUCACGCUCGUCCACCAGUUUCAGACCGCCACUCUUGCUGUUCUCAAGCAGAACAAUAACUCCUUCAAGGGCAUUUCUGUCAUGCUCGUCCACUGGUUUCAGACCACCACUCUCAAGCAGAACAAUGUUCAUGCACUGGACCUCCGCCCAGAUUCGCCACAGUUCAGGCAGGGCAUUUCUGUCAUGCUUGUCCACCGGCCAGGUCUCGAAAAUAUCCAAGGAUUGGUUGCCAAUGCUGGAAACUUUGAGUUUGAGAACACGAUGGUCAAGGACUACUUCAAGAAAGCUUGGGGUUGCGGCAGCAGCAUCAUGGUUCUAUGGUAUCCUACAGUACUCACUCUUGUGCUCAUGCAGGUGGCAUCGGAUGUCAUUCAAAAGAAGCCAAGGCGGAGGAAAGAAUCAGCUAUCCUGAAGUCAGCUUUGGCUGACAUCCAGAAAUGCAAGGAACUUGGAAUUGAAAUGCACCUCCAAGCAAACAAGACCAGGAGCAGCUAUGCUGACCAUGUACGCCGGGGAUGCGAGUGGCUCGCGAGCCAUUUUGAUGCACCAAGCUGCUCCGCUGACAAGUGGGACUGCUCAGUGCCCAAAGAUCCUUUGGUACAGCCGGUGGCACUGUCAGUGCCCUCUUUUGUUAGAGACAAUCCAGACAGCGAUGUGUAUGCAGAUCCUGCCUUCAAAGAUGUGUUCGGGUGCAUGCCAAACCGAUGCUCUGACAAGGUGCUAGCCCUCUUCAUGUCCCUGAAGGGGUUCCACAAAAACCUCAGCAAGAACAUGGUUGAAAGUAUCCGCACAGCAUUCAAAAGCUCUGGGAGCAAGCAUGAGCAACACCCUGCAGGACUGCAUGAGGCCGCAUUCCUGCUGGAGAUCGCACUGCAGGCCAUCCAGCUAGUGAUGAGCGGCACACUGCCUUCACAGGUCCAACUGACUCUCGACACAAGGACCCAGCUCACUCGCCAUCUUGAACAGGUCACUUUCGAUGCUGGCAUAUGGACCUUAUGGAGCAGGUGCUUCGAACUCGUGAAACUGCAGCACAAAGACAUCUCGCUCGACACAAUCCUGCUGGACACUGUCAUGAAAAAGUAUCUGGCACACGAGCCACUGACACUCAGCGACAGCAACACCUAUUUCGAAAUAUUCCUCUUGAACCAAAAAGGAUGGCAGAAAAGGGUCGAUAAGGGCAUCUGUGAGGCAGACCUUAGGUCCAACCACUACAAGAUAUUUCCCCGCCCAGACAUGCCUUCCUGCAACAGCUUCAUCUGGAUGUUGCUCUGGAUCAAAUGGCUUGAGUUUUUUCAUUACGGGCGCACACUCGGGCCAAACAACUUUAUCUUCCCUUCGAUGGGUGCCAAUGGCAUCAUGCAGCCUGGACAGCCUCUCUCCCAUGACACUGUGAAAAAGUGGAUUGACGAGGCAAUGACAGGUGCUGGCAUCCUAGGCUGUUUUUCAACUCACUGCUUCCACCAUGGAGGUGCCCAGUAUUGGUUUAUGUUCGCACCAGUUGGAUGGGCUGAUGGUGAACAGCGAAACACGCUCAUUUGUUACCUUCUCGACGAACUACACACCUAUGAGACCGACUACAGUGAUGCCCUCACUCCUUUCUCCCACAAAGCUGAAUCCUCCCUUGCAGGCGAGCAGGCACUCAUGAGGCCAGCAUCCACUGAGGAGCUGCGCAUGGUUCAUGCAUCUGUGGCCGCAGAUGUCAAUUGUUUGCAAGUUGAUGUCAGUACAGUCAAUGACUCGCUUUGGUCACUCAUCAGCAUGGUCCAGGCCACUUCAAGUUGCCUGAAGGCUGCUGGACACCUACCUCCAACACAGCUUGAAGAAGAUCCCCGCUUCACCCUUCUCUCCGCAUCCAGUGCAGAGUCUCCUCAGAUUUCAACUCCUCAGCAUGUCUGUCCACCAGCAACACACUCCCGUCCUCUGUCAUCUGUCCGCAGGAGCCAUGGCCAUGCACACAUCACUCCAACUACUCGACCACUGCCAUCUGCUGCUGCGCACACAGCCUCAACUCAACAACUCCCAAGCAACGGUCUCGUCAUUCCACGGCUGCCACUUGUCCAUUCGAACGGGUUGAAGACUCCGAAGGCCGAGUCCUGGAGGGACAUCAUCACGCACUGGCUCAUUGGCGACCCCAACAGAGGGUUGAAGACACCACUCAAGGACUGGCCGCAGGAGUGGUACCAAGGCCCAAACUGGAAGCUUGCAAUGCAGUACCAGAACAGGGCCAUUGUUGCGUGCAAGUUCAUCAACCAUUACCAGUCAGAUGAAGCCCUCUUCCUUGCAGCCUACCCAGAAGCCGAGCAGGGACACACCCCACUGCUUGCAGCCAUCAACAAGGCAUGGGCUGCAUGA